AUGGUGCUCUCCAGCUUGUUGCCCUCAGUUCUGGCAAGCACUUGCAGCAACUCAACUCAAUCUGCGCCUCACGCCCUCACAUCCCAAGGUCUCGUCAAGGGGUACCAUGACGCGAGUUGCAACUCGGUGUUCCUGGGCAUCCCAUUUGCUGCAACAACGGCCGGUGAAAACCGAUGGAGGGCGCCGCAAGAUGCACCGAAGUCUAACUCGACGGUGAUCGCAACCUCUUAUGGUCCAACUUGCCCUCAAGCUAUCUCCGGCACUCUUUACACCCAGCAGGAUGAGAACUGCCUUAAUCUCAACAUCUGGGCACCCUCCACAGGCGAAAACUUGCCUGUGUUCGUAUACAUGUAUGGAGGUGCCAUGGUUACAGGUUCCAGCAGCAACCCCCAACUUCAAGGGUCUAACUUUGCCCGCAAUGGUGUGGUAUACGUCAACUUCAACACCCGCGAGAGCAUCUAUGCGUCGCCGAACUCGGCGGAACUCAACGAGGCCUCUACUAAAACUGAAGAGUCACAGAACUUCAGUAUCCUCGACGUUGAAAAGGCACUUGAUUGGGUCCGCGACAACAUCCAUGCAUUCGGAGGUAACCCCGAUCACAUCGUCUUCGGUGGCCACUCGUCCGGAGCCGUGCAGGUGGAUCACUACCUCUGGAACCACCCAGAUUCGUGGCUCAAGGGAGCAGUUGAGAUGAGCGCGAAUGCCAUGUCUGGGCCGGCAUACGCGCCAGUCGACGAAGCACUCGAUGCCGUAGCGGCUGAGGUUGGCUGCCCGAAGGCAGGGGAGAACCAGCUCGAGUGCCUGCGCAGCGUUGACACUUACGCCUUCCAAACAGUCAACUUCAACUCGACUUUGAACGCAUGGUUUACCCCUGUCAUUGAUAACGUCACGAGACAUUCUGACUACGCUGCAAGAUUCGCAGCUGGCCAGUAUGCAUCGCACGUACCGCUCCUUACGGGAACUUCUGAUGGUGAGGGCACCAUCUUCAGUCUAGUGUAUGGCGCCGAAAACAGCAACUUCAGCUCUUGGAUCAACACUUUCGACGCUGAUAGUGCGCAUAUCGAAGACGAAAACCUGCUAGCGGCGUAUAAUGCUUCCGAUUAUGAGACGGAAUCCCUCAGAAGUGGUGCCCAGUAUGGCGACGCCCGUUUCAACUGCGCCGUCGACUAUCUUCUGGACCUGCGCAGUGCCAAGCAAGACACCUGGGUCUACAGAUUCUUCGGAGCCUACGACAACGUGGUAGGGGUUCCGGGAACAGGACCCACGCACGGAACCGAGGUGCCCUUCUUUCAUGGAGGCAACGAGUGCUUUGGUUCCCUUACGGGCGUGAGUGAGGCACAGCAGGCACUGGCUGAUUCAAUUCAUGGUUGGUUUGUGGACUGGAUCAAGAACCCGGCUGCCGGGCCUGGAUGGGCCAAGGGGUCACCGCAGUCUGGGCCUUUGAUCAAGCUUGGGAUCCCUGGAAAUGAGUUGUCUGCCAUUCAGGGGUCAACCGGCGAUUUCAAUGCUCGCUGCAAGUCGGUCUACGCACCUGCGUUCCCCAAGUACCCGGUCGUGCAGUCUGCUCUCUAA